AUGGCCAUCUCCGACGAGUUGAAGAACAAAUUCUACGAGGAUCUGCGCGUCCUCCUGGCGACUGUACCGAAAGUGAAAAAGGUGGUGUUCCCCGGUGAAUUCAACGCCUGCGUCGGGACAAACAAACUGGCUGGGGGAGGGAAGGGACAGAGAGAGCUGGAUCCGCAUAGAAUCGUUGGCUAUAAUGACACAAGUCUCCUCCUUCUGCGAACCUGCGCAGAACACCGUCUCGCCUCCUCAUGA